AUGAAGAUAAAUCAGAUAGCGCAGUACGUGGUGUUCACCCUGGUUGCCCAUUUGGUGAAGCGAGUCAAGUCCAAUAUUAUAAUCAACUGCUUCGGUACGCUACACUGCAAAAUAUGCCACAUAGCCAUACGGAAUUGCUUCUUAUCAGGGACUAGUAAUUUAACAAAAUGUAUCGAAUGCGAGGAGAAGUACUACAACAUUCAGCCUUGCACUCACCAUACAGAAAAUUUCCUCCAGAUCUCCAGGGACAAGGGGGCCUUCGUGGAGAUGAAGAAUCAUGACUACCUGACGGAAGCCAAAGUGGACGAUCUCAUUUCUGAGAUUGUAAAGUUAUCACUGGAGAGGCAGAAAAAUGCAGUUCCCGAAACAGAACAGACGAAGCAAGAUUUCCAAAAAAAAAUAAUGCAGCUCUGUUUGUAUUCUAAUUUUAGCGACCACUACGAAAAUGCAAAAAAGCACACACAGGCAAAUGCCGAAGAGGUGGAAAAACACAUCAACAAAAUUGUUAUUAUGUAUAUGAACGAGAGUAACAAUAUGGAGCAUAUUAUUAAUUCGCUGAAAAAUCCAGCUUUGUGUCUGAAGGAUCCAGCAGAAUGGACCAAGGACAGGGCUGGCUACAAAGACAACGACGUUCCUUCCGUUGGAAUCAUACCAGAGCGGAAGUUGUUCAAGCCAUACGAGGUGAAGUCGCUGAUGAGCUCCCUUUACAAUUACUCAUCUAACUGCAACCGGCAAUUCUGCGACAGAUUCUCAGAUCCCAAUGAGUGUGAAAAUAGCAUUCGGGUUCUUAACCAGGGCACAUGCGGGAAUUGUUGGGCCUUCGCCUCCUCGCAGGUGAUCUCGGCCUAUAGGUGCAGGAAGGGCCUGGGAUUCGCGGAGCCCUCCAUCAAGUACGUUACGCUCUGUAAAAACAAGCAUUCGAAUGACUUAGAAGAAAAUCCCUUUGGCCACUACAACGAUAAUAUCUGUAGGGAAGGGGGACACCUCUCAUAUUAUUUAGAAACGUUAGACAGAACGAAGAUGCUACCUACCUCUUAUGACGUCCCAUACAACGAACCAAUAAAAGGUGUAGAUUGUCCAGAGAGCAGUGACAAAUGGGCAAAUAUGUGGGAACAUGUGAAUCCAUUAACUAGAAUUCUGAAUGGGUACCUUUACCGUGGAUACAUCAAAAUUUCCUUUCAUGAAUAUGCGCAGAGUGGAAAGACUGAUGAGCUUAUUAGCUUAAUCAAGGAUUACAUAAUAGAGCAAGGGUCAUUAUUCGUGUCCAUGGAAGUAAAUGAAAAGUUAAGUUUCGACCACGAUGGAGAGAAAGUCAUGAUGAACUGCGAAUACAGAGCAUCCCCUGAUCAUGCCUUGACAUUAAUAGGGUAUGGUGAUUAUUUAAAACCUAAUGGAGAAAAAAGUUCCUACUGGUUGAUUAGAAAUAGUUGGGGUUCUCACUGGGGUGACAAAGGAAACUUCAAGAUCGAUAUGUAUGGUCCUUCCGAUUGUAACGGUGCAGUGUUAUGCAAUGCCUUCCCUCUGUUUCUUCAAAUGAAUGGAGACAAAAUUACCAAGCCACUCCCUGAUGAUUUAGCAUCCACGGACAACAAAACAAGGUAUGACCAUUCCUACUUCACUAGAGACAGAAACAGAAGAGCUUCCAGAAGAUACAAUCCGAAUAAUGAACGGGACCAACCCAAUAAUCAGGAAGAUAAAGACCCAUUUGAUAACCCUAAUAAUAAUGAUAAUUAUGAUGGCAACGACAGGGAUUGGCCACCUUUUGAUCCAUUCAAGGAUUAUGUCUACCCCUACAUGGAUAAUAGGAAGGAUGCGGAAAGAGACAAUGGGGGUAUAAGUGACAACCGCAGUAACAAAAUCCGUCGCACGAUUUUCAAGACCACCCUCGUGGUAAAUAUUGGGGAUACGAACUUCAAGCGGAACAUCUACAUGAAAAAAAAAGAUGAGUACAAGGAACAGCACUCCUGUCUGAGGACCUACUCCCUGGAUUCCCAAGCGGACGUAUCCUGUAGGAACAAUUGUGAUCAGCAUAUUGACCUGUGCAAACAUUAUACAUCCAUUGGCAGGUGUCUCAUGCGCUUUGCCCCCAACUAUAAGUGUGUUUACUGUGGCAUGUAA